AUGGGGGAGAAUAGUAUUGCGAUCGGGGCGUUUGCAGCUUCGACGGAUGCGUCGAAAAAUUCUAUUACGCUGAAUGGUACAGGCGAGGCUCUGGUAAACGGGAUAGAAGAUGCGUUUAUCGUGAAACCGGUCCGCAACGCGGCGGGUCCCAAUGCGCUGACGUACAACCCCACGACGGGUGAGAUUUCGUACACCACAUCCUCGUCUCAAACGAAGGAGAACAUUGUCGACAUGUCUCGCGACGCCUGCGGCAUCCUGUGCGACCUGGACGUCAAGGAGUACAACUAUGUCAACAAGUGCAAAUAUAUCGAGCACGGCACUCCGGAAGAGGCCAAGCCAUUUGCCAAUUGGCUGGCCGCUGAGAAGGCCGCAGACGCGUGGACGUCAAGGCUGGCGGCUAGCGGCGGCUCCGAUGCAAAGUACGAGGGUGGUGCCGAUGACGACAAUCCGUCAAUCCGGCAAAUGUACAGGGACUACGUUGAAAUUACGGAGGUGGUCCCUUACACAUUUGUCGACAAGGAGGAGACGCACUUUGGGUUUAUGGCCGAGGACGUGCAAAAGGUGUUGCCGGAGCUCGUAUACUGCGACUUGGACGGCACAGCGCUGGACAUUAAGUGGAACAACAUUACGGCGCUGCUGGUCAAGGAGAACCAGUCGCUUCGCGCGGAGCAAGCCGCUGCACAGACAACAAUUGCCGACCUUGUUGCGCGAGUUGAGGCGCUCGAGGGAAAAUAG